AUGUCAGCAAACAAAGGGCAAGAUGAGGUUCCAAAGGACCUCCAGGUCGAAAUGCUCGAUGACCCAAUCAAGCCAAGUGAAGUAGAUCAUGUCGAUAUCGAAGACCGAGAAGUGAAGGAGCGUCGACUAGUACGCAAGAUUGAUAUUCGAAUGAUGCCUUUGAUGAUGCUUCUCUAUAAGUCUUCCCGAUUUUUACCAUCUGAAGCAUUACAGGUACUGACAAUUUCGAGCACAUGUUCUAAAUUAUUUGGACCGCAACAAUGUGCGUAUCAAAAUGCCCAUUGCUUUCUUGCGGAAACACCUAUUUACCAUUACUAUUUUAUUCAGAUUGCCACAGCCAGAUUGGGCAACUUCGAAAAAGACAUUGGCUUAGUUGGCACACAAUAUAACACGGUUAUAAGUGUCUUCUUUGUCGGCUAUAUUCUCACCCAGGUACCUACGAACAUGAUCUUGAACAAGAUGCGACCAAGCAUCUUCCUUCCCGUUGUCAUGUGUUGUUGGGCUGUAGUUAGUGCCUCAACCGGCGCUGUUCAAAACUACACUGGUGCAGUCGUUCUUCGAUUUCUCCUUGGAUUCGUCGAAGCCCCAUUCUUUCCUGGAGCGCUUUAUCUCUUUAGCUCUUGGUAUACCAAAAAAGAAUUGGCUGUGCGUAUCUCAGUCCUCUACGCAGCUGGCCAAAUGGCUGGCGCCUUUGGAGGGUUGCUAGGCAGCGCUAUCAUGGGCGGAAUGAACGGAAAGCUCGGCCUGGCAGACUGGAGAUGGCUCUUUAUCAUUGAAGGGGUUAUUCCUAUCCCGGUUGCCUUCUUCACAUAUCUCAUUCUUCCCGAUUAUCCGGCAACCACAAAGUGGCUAUCGGAUGAGGAGAGGAAGAUUGCUACUCUUCGAAUCACCGAAGAGGCAGUUGAAGAGGACAACCGCAGUGAAGCAACAGCAUGGCAGGGACUCAGGAUGACCUUCACCGACCCAGCUCUGUACAUGAUUUGGCUCAUGCAACUCGGCCUCAACACGGCAGCAUCCUUCACCAACUUUUUCCCCACCAUUGUGGCAACUCUUGGUUAUAACCAGCGCAACACGCUUCUCUUGUCGUCUCCGCCAUAUGUCUUCGCCGCCAUCCUCGGCAUCACCAACUCAUGGCAUAGCGAUAAACACCGCGAACGAUGGCUGCACAUUGUGUGGCCGCAAAUCUUUUGUAGCGUCGGAUUUAUAAUCUCAGCAACCACCCUUAACGUAGCUGCUCGCUACGUAGCAACAUUCAUGAUGAUGAGCGUCUACGGAUCGUUUGGUUGCAUUCUUUCUUGGGUCUCGACGACCCUUCCUCGGCCGUCAACCAAGCGCGCAGUAUCAUACGCCGUAGUCAAUGCUGGCUCCAAUCUGGCCUCAAUUUACGCCAGCUAUUUCUACCCCAAAUCUCAUGGUCCGCAAUACUGGCAAGCCAACAUCCUCAAUGUGGCCUUCUCUGCCAUGUGCAUUCUCCUUGCCACAACCCUCCACUUCUAUCUUCGGUGGCGCAAUAGCCAGCUACGAAAGGGAGGAGAUGCGGACCUGCUGGCGGAAGGUACACGCGAAGGAUCACGAACAAAGGCAUUGGGUGAGCGGUGGCAAUGCCACCCUGCGUAUCAAUACACCCUUUAG